AUGAGGAGGAAGGAUUGUGUGGUGUUCAACGUUGUUAUUUCUGGGCUGGCUAUGUGUGGACAUGUUGGGGCUGCCUUUGGGGUGUUUAGUCAAAUGGGAAAGGUUGGAAUGCAGCCGGAUGGGAACACUUUUGUUGGUUUGCUUUGUGGGUGUACUCAUGCUGGUUUGGUUGAUGAUGGUCGGCGUUAUUUUAGUCGCAUGAGUUGUGUUUUUGCUGUAACUCCUACUAUAGAGCAUUAUGGAUGCAUGGUGGAUCUUUUGGCUCGUGCAGGUUUGUUGGUUGAAGCGCGAGAUUUAAUCAAGAGUAUGCCGAUGAAGGCCAAUGCUAUUAUUUGGGGAGCACUGUUGGGAGGAUGUAGGUUACAUAAGGAUACCCAAUUGGCUGAACAUGUGUUGAAGCAGCUCAUUGAUUUAGAACCGUGGAAUUCAGGACAUUAUGUUCUCUUAUCGAAUAUAUAUUCAGCAAGCUGUCGAUGGGAUGAAGCAGAAAAAAUCAGGUCAAGUUUGAGUCAGAAAGGGAUGCAGAAGUUACCCGGGUGUAGUUGGGUUGAAGUGGAUGGGGUUGUUCAUGAAUUCCGUGUAGGGGACACUUCCCAUCCUCUAACGCUCCAGAUAUAUGAAAAACUUGAAAGUUUAUUUAAGGACUUGAGAGAAGCUGGAUAUAAUCCGACGAUGGAGUUUGUGCUCUAUGAUGUAGAAGAGGAGGAGAAGGAGUAUUUCCUUGGCUGUCAUAGUGAGAAGUUAGCUGUUGCAUUUGCACUGAUCAGCACCAGUGCCAAAGAUGUGAUUCGUGUUGUUAAAAAUCUUCGUGCUUUCCGUGAGCUUUGUAAGAUUGCUAGUGAGCACUUGAAUCAUGGAGGUGCUAACUUUUAUCUUUUUGAG